GCAAAAGAUUUGUGAAAUUCUCCACACACAUGUCUUUCUUCUAAACCGAUACUUUGUGAUGGCCACGAUUCACAUAUAAGAAACCAAAUAUGUGGGCUUGCAAUGUACACACAUUUAUUCAUGAACUGCCUUUGCAGAAAACUUUUGUAAAGACAACCAUUUUAGCAAAGAAAAUUGGUGUAAUUAAAUUCUCAAUCUUCUUUACAUUUUCACUGUCAGAACUGUAGCACGUGACUCUUUAGUGAAACCUUCACUCCAUGGUUUCCUCAUUGCCCUUUGAAGCUUGAACUCGGAUAAAGAUCGUGACUUUGGCUGAUUCUGGAAAUGGGUUCUCGGAUUCAGCUUCUGCCUAUUUGCUUUUGGCUGCACUUGACAUGCUUCAGCUUCUUUUUUGGUAGCAUAGUGAGUGUGAGAGGAGAUGCAACUGUGCAAGGGAGUGUUGCCAUUGAUGGCAAGGCUGUGAUUGGAACCAUUGAUGAGGAUUUUGUGUGUGCAACUUUGGAUUGGUGGCCUCCUGAGAAAUGUGACUAUGGGAGAUGCAGUUGGGGCCUUGCUUCUCUUCUCAAUCUGGACCUCAACAACAAGAUUUUUUUAAAUGCUGUGAAAGCAUUUUCACCGUUGAAACUUAGAUUAGGUGGAAGUUUGCAAGACAAGCUAAUAUAUGGCACUGAAGAUAAUCACCAACCUUGUACUCCUUUUGUUAAGAACCCUUCUGAGAUGUUUAGUUUCACGCAAGGGUGCCUCCCAAUGGAUAGAUGGGAUGAACUUAACUACUUUUUUGAAAAAGCAGGGGCUAAGAUUAUCUUUGGAUUAAAUGCUCUUGCUGGAAAGUCAAUACACGGUGGUUCUGCAAAAGGACCUUGGAACUACACCAAUGCCGAGUCCUUUAUUCGAUACACUGUUAGAAAUGGCUACACCAUUUAUGGAUGGGAACUUGGAAAUGAAUUGAGUGGGAAUGGAGUUGGAACAAGCAUUACAGCAGAGCAAUAUGCUUUGGAUGUUGCUGCUUUACACGAUGUAGUUUACAAUGCAUACAAAAAGAUUGAGCCUAAGCCACUAGUCAUUGCACCAGGAGGUUUCUAUGAUGCAAACUGGUUCAACAAAUUUAUAAGCAAAUCAGGAAAAUCUAUUGAUGUGGUCACUCACCACAUUUAUAACCUUGGACCAGGAGUUGAUGAACACCUUGUGGAAAGAAUUCUGGACCCUUCCUAUCUUGAUAAAGAGGUUAGCACAUUCAGUGGCCUAAAAAAUAUACUUGCAGGUACAGGAACCUCAGCAACAGCAUGGGUUGGUGAGUCCGGAGGGGCCUACAAUAGUGGCCAUCAUCUUGUAUCCGAUGCAUUUGUUUACAGUUUCUGGUAUUUGGAUCAGCUUGGCAUGUCAGCUGCUUAUGACACUAAAACAUAUUGCAGACAGACUUUGAUAGGAGGAAACUAUGGUUUACUCAAUACUACCAAUUUUCUUCCAAAUCCAGACUACUAUAGUGCUCUACUUUGGCACCGACUCAUGGGAAGACAUGUACUCUCAACUACCUUUUCUGGGACAAACAAGAUAAGAGCUUAUGCACACUGUGCAAAGCAAUCCAAAGGAAUCACAGUACUAUUGAUCAACCUGGACAGCAACACAACUGUUGAAGCAGAAGUGACCUUCAACAACGCCGCCAAGAGUUUGAGGCACAGAAAGAUGUCUACUCAUUCAAAAGUGAUGGAACUACCUCUUGCAAGUGAAACAGCAAGAGAAGAGUACCAUCUAACUCCACAGGAUGGGGAUAUACAUAGCCAAAUCAUGGUACUAAAUGGAAACCCUCUGAGUGUAAGCUCAGAUGGUGAUAUUCCUCCUUUGGAGCCUAUAAAUGUGAAUUCAUCAGAGCCAAUAAGGGUUGCUCCUUUCUCUAUUGUAUUUGCUCAUUUACCUGAUGCUGUUGUUUCAGCUUGCGGCUAAGUACUAAGUGGCACUAGGGGAGACCAAAAAAAUUGGUUUCACUAGGUGGUUUGGCAAAUUACAUGGAAAAUAAAAUGUGUUAGUUUCCAUAAGAGAAUGCCAAUUAUUUAGUUUGAGAACUAGGAUGUUGGUGGUUUUAUUAUAUGCUUUUACUAGUGCAUGUUCCCGUGCAUCAGGAGCAAAUUAUGUGUGAGGAGUAUUAUUUUUUCUAUUUAAAACUAAAUAAAUUUAAAACAUCA